AUGGACCCUGCCGCUGCUGUCCAGUGGUGUGAGGAGGAAGGCACCCACUCGGAAUCAAGCGUGGUGAUCGAGCUUCCAGGGGAGGCCUGGGCUGAGGAACAAAUCAGCCAAGCUGUGAAGACACUAUCCCUAGACAGGAAGGCGUGGGUGAUUGCUGUCAAAACAGACCGUGUGACCUCCGGCACCUAUGCACUACUAGAGUGUAAACAAGGAAUCCCUGAAAACUUCAAAGGUGCCAGUGUGCAAUGGGCUAACAAGACGGAGCUUUGUGUAAUCCAUAUGAAGGUUCCAGAGGAGGGCCCUACCUCCUCCAGUCAAGCUGAAUCAAAUAAAGAAGAAGUUCCCUCCCCAUCACCUCUGGCCACGAUUGGACCAGAACUCUUUGCUGCCCUGGGAGACUUUGUUUCAAAAUGUCAGAGAGACCCUCCAACAUACUCGGCAACUGGGUAUCGGAAGCUCAGGGUUUUCUCUGGAAGACAACCAGUACCUACAGGGGAGGACAGUUUUGAAGAGUGGCUGGACCAGGCCACACAAGCCUUGGAUGAAUGGGACAUUCCUGAGACCCAAAAGAAACAGAGAAUCACAGAGAGCUUGAAAGGGCCCGCCUCAGCAGCCAUCCACAAUUUGAAGCUCAGAAAGCGAAAUUGUGUUGCUCAGGACUAUCUAAACAUUCUGCAAGAUGUGUUUGGGUGCACAGAGAAAGCUUCUGAUCUUAUUUACCAGUUGGAGCACACUUACCAAAAUGUGGGAGAGAAGCUGUCAGAGUACAUGAGACGUUUGGAUACAAUUAUACACCAAAUCUUGCUGAAGAAGGGUCUAGACCCUCAGAAGGUGGAUGAAAUCUGA